GAGGGUCCCGCCCGGGCGGCGCCGCGGGCUCCGGUUGAUGCUGCGGGCCUGCCGCCGCCAUCCCGCUGCCGCCGGCGCUACCCCUCGGCCGCCCCUCGCCAUGCUAGGAGAGAGCCCGGCCGCCGCCCGGCCGCUCCUGCGGGCGGGACCCCCGCUGGCGCUCUGCUACACCUCGGCCCUCCUGGUGCUCGCCCUCUCCGCGCUGCCCGCCGGCCGCGCCUCUCAUCCCUUGCCCGGCUCCGAGUGCCAGGGCGGCGGCAAGGGGAAAGGCAUCAACUGCUCAGAGUUAAAUGUAAGGGAAUCUGACGUAAGAGUGUGUGAUGAGUCGUCAUGUAAAUAUGGAGGAGUGUGCAAGGAAGAGGGAGAUGGCUUGAAAUGUGCGUGUCAGUUCCAGUGUCACACGAACUAUAUUCCAGUUUGUGGAUCAAAUGGAGACACUUACCAAAAUGAAUGCUUCCUCAGGAGAGCUGCUUGCAAGCACCAGAAAGAGAUAACAAUGGUAUCAAGAGGACCUUGUUAUUCUGAUAAUGGCUCUGGGUCAGGAGAAGGAGAGUAUGAAGGAUCUGGGACAGAAGUUCAGAGAAAACACUCAAAAUGUGGAGUUUGCAAAUACAGGGCUGAGUGUGAUGAAGAUGCAGAGAAUGUUGGGUGUGUAUGUAACAUAGACUGCAGUGGAUACAGUUUUAAUCCUGUAUGUGCUUCUGAUGGAAGCUCCUAUAACAAUCCGUGCUUUGUCAGAGAGGCAUCAUGUCUGAGGCAAGAGCAGAUUGACAUCAGGCACCUUGGCCACUGCUCAGACACAGAUGACACAAAUGCAGUUGGAAAGAAAGAUGAUGGCAUGCAGUAUCGGCCAGAAGUGAAAGAUGCCAGUGAUCAAAGAGAAGACAUUUACAUUGGAAACCACAUACCUUGUUCAGAAAGCUUCAAUGGUUACUGUAUACAUGGAAAAUGUGAGUUCAUUUAUUCCACUCAGAAGGCUUCCUGCCGGUGUGAAUCAGGAUAUACUGGACAGCACUGUGAAAAGACAGACUUUAGUAUUCUUUAUGUUGUCCCAAGUAGACAAAAGCUUACGCAUGUCCUUAUUGCAGCAAUAAUUGGAGCUGUACAGAUUGCCAUUAUAGUUGCAAUUGUCAUGUGCAUAACCAGAAAAUGCCCCAAAAAUAAUAGAGGACGCCGGCAGAAGCAAAACCUAGGCCAUUUUACUUCAGAUACAUCAUCCAGAAUGGUUUAACUUAGUGCUUUUUAUACCUACAUUGACCAUGUGAUGUACAUUUUUAUUAUAUCUUUUUUUAAAGAAUGGAAAUAUUUAUUUCAGAGGCCUUAUUUUUGAACAUUUUUAGUGUCACAAUAUUGGUCUGUAUUCUGAAAGCAUCAGCUCUAACAGCUAUGGACUGCUUUAGUAUCUUUACUUUUAUGUUCUUGAAUACAGUAGUUCAUUUUCUGUAUCUGUAUCACAUGGUUAUAUAAUAGACUUGUGCUUUAUCCAUGGAAUGUAAUAUUUUUGGGAACACAAAUUUAUUCCAAUGAUGGUUGUAGACUUAAAAAAAAAAACCCCAACAAACCAACAAAAUAAGUCCACAUUACCUAAAAAACAAGGCAUGAACUAAAGGUAAAAAUGUUUACAGCUUACUUUUCUUAUGAGGAACUAGAAAACACUGUGUUUAAAUACCGUAGAUAUUUAAAUGUUUUUGGAAGUUAGUAACUGAUUUUUUAGACACUGCCUAUCGCAUGAACUGUGAAGCUGUGUGCUGUGUGUAGUUGUAACAUAUUUAUAAAAUGUGUGGGCUGGGUCUAAGCACUGCCAUCUUCAGAAAUAAUUCCAACAAUUUAUUUUUAAAGACGAAAAUUAUAAAUUUCAUAAUUUGGGAAGUUACCUGGUAGAACAGAUGGCACAGGUCCA